AUGGCUCAAUCUGCACUAUUAUCGAGUGGAGUGGAGCUUGCACCUCUUGUGAUAAGCACUGGUCUUCUUCGCAGAUCAUGGGAUGCUAUUUCAUCUCGUUAUGAAGGAAUCGUUUCAAACAAGGGAGAAGGACUAUCAUGGAAAGUCUAUAAGGAUUUUGAUUCAGAUUUUAUGAUUAUAGCGUUUGAGGCAACAUCAGAUUCUUUCAAUUUUCAAGCGGAUUUGACUCCAUCUUCUGCUCUAAGAGAGGAGAAUUUCCUUCACUUUGAUUUUCUGUGUACCAAAGCCAACCCAGUUUUCUCUAUCAACAGCACUGCAUUUUCACUCUUCUAUAGAAACCAUCAGAGGCUUGAUGAGUGGAAGAAAUCUGAUUUUGAGAGAUUGAUGAUGUGUGUCCUGAUCAAGCUUAUUAAUUCUGUUCUGAAUUUAGCUGUUUGA